AAUUUCCACAGCGGUGGAUGCUUUCAAGUUUCCCUUCGGUAACUGUGAAUUUGGGAAUUUUAGGGUUUUUGCCGUGCGAGACCUCUUCGUGAUCAAUUCUAGCAGACGACAGGACAGUAGCAGACAGCGUGUAGCAGCGUCGCUCGCGGACGCUCGGUGAAGAGUGAACUGAGUUUGAAUCGGGGAGGUGGUGCAAGCAGACACAUAGAUACACGAGUUCGAAUUACGAGGCGGAUUCGUUUAUUACACUCUGACUGAAACGAAUUGAUAGUCCACGAUGGAUCCCGAGGCAUUCUUAGACAUGGCCAACCAGGUCAUUAAGCUGAAAAUGUUCCCGUACUUCGACAUUGCGCACUGCGUGCUGUGCGCAUUACAUGUCAGGGAGGAUCUGGGAUCAGGUGCACAAACUUUUUCUCGUAAGCAUCCUUUAUCAUGUUGGCUGUCUACAAUGCUGGUCGUUUUUGCAAGCGGUAUGUUAUGCAAUGGAUUAUUAGGAGAACCAAUUCUCGCACCAUUAAAAAAUACACCACAAGUAGUAGUCGCAACUGUUGUCUGGUAUGUGAUUUUUUAUACACCAUUUGACAUCGGUUAUAAAACAGCGAAAUUUUUACCAAUAAAAGUGGUAUGCGCAGCUAUGAAGGAAAUUUAUAGAUGUAAAAAGGUAUACGACGGAGUCACUCAUGCAGGAAAACUUUAUCCGAAUGCAUAUCUUAUCAUGAUAUUGAUAGGAACGUUAAAAGGCAACGGAGCUGGGUUUACGAAAUUGUUUGAACGUCUUAUACGUGGCGUAUGGACGCCGACUGCGAUGGAAUUUAUGCAACCUAGUUUUCCUACAAAAGCAUCCAUGGUUGCAUCGAUUAUUUUUGUAUUAGACAAAAAGACUGAUCUCAUUUCCGCGCCUCAUGCUCUCGUGUACUUCGGCAUUGUCAUCUUUUUCGUUUACUUCAAGUUAUCGUCAAUUUUGCUUGGCAUUCAUGAUCCAUUUGUACCAUUCGAAAAUCUAUUCUGUGCCUUGUUCCUGGGAGGGAUUUGGGACUCUCUGGCUAAAUUAUUGGGCCGUGGACAAGCUAAAGAUGAUAAGACGGAUGCAAAGAAAACAAACUAAGUAAUAGAGUGAG